GGCCGCGAAGCCGCAGCGCGGGGCGCGGGGGCACCGUGGCGCAUGCGUUGCGUUCUUUUUACACAGACGAUCCCUCUCUCCCUCAGUUGAUUUACAGCCGUCGCGGAUGCGUGCCGUGCCGUCAUGUGUCCCUCACCAACUUUUUCGAGUAGUGACGUGAUACGGUAUACGAACCUAGUGACUCAAUACAUUCGGUUCGACUGACUCGAGAGGAUAUUGUGCUCACGAUAUCGCGAGACAUUGAUCGGAGGAAAUGCAGUGAAAGUGACAAUUAGCCGUAAAUUGGAUAAAUAUGAAAAUGAGGUGGUUUAUAGUGACAGUGAAUGUUGUGAUGUGGAAAACUGUAUUAGCCGGCAUCGCCCCCGCCGGGUCGUGCCCCGCAGUGUGCGAGUGCAAAUGGAAGGGUGGCAAGCAGACGGUGGAGUGCGUGGAGCGCGCGCUCAUCACGGUGCCGCAGCCCGUGGACCCGGCGACGCAGGUGCUGGACCUGUCGGGCAACAACCUGCAGAUCCUGCCGCAGGACGCCUUCGCGCGCACUGGCCUCGUCAACCUGCAGCGCAUCUACCUUCGCAGUUGCAGUAUCGGCCAAAUACACGACAGAGCUUUCAAAGGCCUAACUAAUCUAGUUGAAUUAGAUCUCUCUCAUAAUUUACUCACUCAAAUACCUUCCAACAGCUUCAGGGACGCCCCGUUCCUGAGAGAUCUUACGAUAGCUCAAAAUCCAAUAUUAAAAGUUCAUUCCGAGUCAUUAAGUAAUUUGGGAAGCGUCGUGAAGCUCGAUUUGUCAAAAUGUGAUAUAAGAGAAAUAGCUCCCGAUUCGUUUAGAAAUUUGAAAUCUUUGGAGUCGCUAAAAUUGAACAUUAAUAAAUUGAGAGAGUUACCGCUAACUUCCUUAGAAAGACUGGAAAAAUUAAGAGCAAUAGAUCUGUCAGAUAACCAUUGGACGUGCGACUGUCGACUUCGUGAGCUCAAGCUUUGGCUAGGCAAGCGGAAACUUCUGUCGACGCCGACUUGCUCCGCGCCGGCGAGGCUCGCUCACCGACCCUUCUCGGAGCUAGCCAUCGAAGAGUUCGCCUGCAAGCCGGAAAUAUUGCCUGUCAGUCGACAUGUCAUGGCGGAAGCCGGAGGAAACGCCACUAUCACAUGCAAGACGGAAGCCGUCCCGAGCGCUAACAUUAACUGGUAUUGGAAUGGCCGCUUACUCCAAAACGGAAGUCAUUUCAACUCUCACCAAAAAACAUACAUCUUCGAGGAAGGUGAUGCAAAAAAGAAAUCUAUGUUAGUAUUAACUAAUCUGCAAAUCUCCGAGCCCAUCGAGUUUUACUGCGUCGCUACUAAUAACGGUGGCAAUGCGGAAGCAAAUUUCACAUUACAUAUCAGUCAAAGCAGUUUACAAACAACCCUGGGAAACGCUCAAAUUGCGAGUCUUGGCGCAGCAUUAUUCAUACUCAUUGUUAUAAUUUCAUUGGCAUUAUUAAUUACAUUUGUGCGAUUUCGUCCGCCACCCGCGUGCGAAAGCAAAACGCCUAAUACACUGGACAGAGUGGUGUCGGGCAAUGAAGUGCACCCGGCCGUGGCCGACCGGCCUCACGGGGCAGUGCUCGGGAACAGGCAGGAGAAUAUGAAUUACAAUGACCCCAAAUGCAACCCGGUUCUGAAACCACCGAGAGUGAGCGACAUACCUUACACCACUAAUCACUAUGAAGGCAGAGGGAGUCUAGUUACUGCCGGCGGGCCGGUAGUGGUCUCACCGACAGCUUCUGCCGGUAUCGAUCCCGAUCUUAUCAACGGCACGAGGCCGGACAGUGCCACCCGACCGGGGAGUGGCGAGUACACACGCGAGGGUUCCGAAUCCUUAUACCCGUCUGGCCUCUGGGAUCAAAUGAAAAUGACGCAAGCCAGCAAUCUAGCCCGAGCGGUGAGCUCAGCUAUUCCGGCGUACUACAACGACCGGACGCCUAUAAUUGAGAACUGCAGCGUGAACGGGUCUCAGGAGGAGCUGGGGUACAUGAGUCGGACGUUCCCUCGGUCGCACGCGGCGACGACGACGCCGGCGCCGGCGGCGGCGGCGGGCGACGCGCCGUACCCGGCGGACUACGGGCUGCCGGUGGCAGGCACGGGCGCGCGCACGCUGCGCGUGUGGCAGCGCGCGCCGCCCGUGCUGCCGCCGGUCCUCAAGAGGGUGCUCACCAUCACGCGGCCCGCCUCGGAGGAGAGCUUUCAGGAUGGCUGUGCCACUGAUGUAUAGAUUUUAUAAAUAUUGCAAUGUUACAUAUCUACGGUUUAAGGGAAGAGACGACAGAAUUGUAAAUUCAUACGUAAAUUAAGAAUGGUAUGUAUUAACUAUACCUAAAUAGGCCUUAGUGUAAUAUUUUUUGUAUGAUAUAACUUAUUUAUAUAGAUAGAUAAAUAAGUAUUUGGAAAGUUACUUUGGGUCCCGACGUAGGAUCCGCGACUGAUUAGUUGAAGGAUGAAUCUAAGUGUAAUAUAUUAUUAACGUGAUAUGGAAUGGUAUUGACUAUGAUCGCCAAAUAAUUAAAUAAAGUUUAAAUAUUAAAUUUCUUCGUUGUUGAGUCGAAGCCCGGUGAAGUUGCAUAAAGCAGUAUAAUAUAUGUGUAACACACAGACAUUAUUAUUAUCCAAAGAUGUUGAACUCCUGUCAAGAUAAAUGUAAAAAUAAUGUUAUUACACGAUGAAUGUUGUUCGAUGUACAAUAAUAAUUAUAUGUGUAUUUUUUGUUGAAAAGAAUAAAAAUACUAACUGGAAAUAAUAAACAGGGCGACUGUCAAACUA